AUGGCAGUUACACCAGUUACCCGUUGCACAUACCUUCUACGCGAUGAACUGGACUUUGCGCUGAAGUUGCUCCACCAACAAGAUCUCACCAAGUCAUUCGUAUUCUCACCAAUGUCCAUAUCUAUGGCGAUGGCUCUUGCCCAUGCAGGAGCAAAUGAUGAGACUCGGGAGGAGAUUCGGAAUGUUCUUUUGAGUGGCUCGACGGAUUCGCAGCUUCAAAAAUACAUCAGUGAUCUCUGUGAAGAGCUGCGUGAGACGGAGCAUGGCGCUGAAGUAAAUGUCGCGAACAGAUUGUUUAUCAAAAACGGAUAUCCAAAAAAAUCCUAUUUGAAGGAAGUUCAGAAGCUAUACAAUGCUUCGGCGUCUAAUCUCAAUUUCGAUGACACAAAAAGAAGCGCAGAAGUGAUCAACAAAUUUGCCAGUGACAAUACUAAAGGAAAAAUUAAUAAGAUCAUCAGUCCAGAGGCACUUGAAGGUAUCAAAGUAGUCAUUUGCAAUGCGAUCUACUUCAAGGCGAAGUGGCUGAAGAUUUUCGAAGAUAGUUGGGAAGUGCCGUUCUUCUCUUCUAAAAACUCUUCUCGCCGAAUCGAAUUUCUUCACAAAAGCGAAAUGACGAAAUUCAACGAAAACGCUCACUUCAAGGUGAUCAGUAUGCCUUAUAAAGACGAUAAUUUCGCGCUUGCAAUUUUUCUGCCCAAAAAGAGAUUUGCAUUGAAAAAGGCUCUCAAAUCAUUGGAUUCUGCGAGCAUUUUGCGAUUGCUGACUUCAUUUUCGGAAUGUUUUGUUAAGAUCGCAAUUCCAAAAUGGAGCAUCGAAACAGAUCUGGACAUCAGCUAGACUCUUCAGGACUUGGGAAUCAAGGAUGCCUUCGACAAUUGCACAGCUAAUUUUGAAGAUUUAUACACUUCAGCAGGAGGAGCCCCAUUGUACAUUAAUAAGGCACUUCACAAGGCAGUCAUUGAGGUUGACAAAAUGGGAACCACUGCGGCGGCUGUCACUUCGCAUAAUUAUGUGACACUGUGCGGCGCGCCACAGCUUCCAGAUCAUGUCGAGUUCUGGGCCGAUCACCCAUUCAUGUUUGUGCUGACCCAUAACAACCACCCGAUGUUCAUGGGGAUUCAUAUGUAA